AUGCAUCGACUUGUGCAGGUGACGAAGGCCUUGAUCAAGAAGGUGUUUGCCAAGGAUUUCGAGCUGCAGUGUGAAAAAUUUGGCCAUUGUGAUAAGGAAGAGAUGUUCUGCCAUGAGAACAUUCCGGACAUGUGCGGCUCCAAGCCGGCAGCGUGA